CUUCAUUACUAUUAUACCAGUUACUUGAUACAUAACUGAUACAUGGUACAACGCUUUACUCGAUAGCGCUUACCGUAUCGCCUUUUCCGGCGUUUUCACUUCUUACAAACGUAAUGCAUUAACUCUACACAACCUAAGCAGCAGCCUACUCUCUUACCUCCUACCAUUUGUCCUUUACCGCACCUGACGGUGCAGCUUUGAAGUUCGAGCUGGGCCGGCUCCGAUGUGGGGCUGGCUGCUUGCAGUGUUAACAUGGGCCCAGCUGCAAGUAAUUGAGCCAGUCGUCCGUUGGUGGGAGGAAGUGGUGCUUGGAAGCUGGGAAGAAUGGGUUCUAGCGCUCGUUCGGCAGGGUUUCGAGGAGACAACACGCUUUCUCAAUGGCCUUGGGGCCUGGUUCCUGUCUCUUUUUAGCAAGCACAGCUACCGCGAGCAGCUGAGGCGCUCAUGGCAAGAAAACUCGUGGCAACAGUGGUGGGGCGAGGUUGCAAGGCGACCAUCUACCUUAAAUGCGCUGGUUGCGAACCUUGUCGCGCAGCAACAGCAAGCACACGGCAACAAUCCGAGUUCAUCGCCAUAUACACCUGCUGCCAACGGCGGACACCUUGGCCAGCCUAGCCUAUCUGCACCUCCUCUUGAUGCUGUCCUUGGCGACCCCUCUCAAGCGAACGGAUCAGCCACCAGGCCGCUAAACCACCAGUUGGAGCCUGGCAGCGGCGCUACAAACGCGCCUGAGAGCGUUGCGCCUACCCAAGGCAUGCGAUCUGGCCCCUCAACUGCCGGGGCAAGCGCUUGGUGGCCCCGUCCUGCCACUCGCCUAGGCGGCCACCCUCCCGACGGCGCUCACCGCCCACAUGGCGCACCCUCCUCGCUUGCUGCUAGACUGGAGCGGCCGGUGGUCUUCGUACAGCAGAGCGGAAUGGGCAUCUUGGACGAGCUGGCAAAGCGACGACACGGCCUCAUCGAGGACGCCAAGAUGGCUGCACAGCUGGCCGUCAGCAGGGCAUUUGAGAUAGCGCGGUCCACGGUGCGAGCAGUGCUCUUCCUGCCUUCUCGCGAGGCUCUCGCUGCGGCUCAGCAACAGGGCUUUUCGAGGAGUGCAGAUGGCGCCGGAGAUGCAGCAGCCGAGCAGGGCGAUGCAGGCCGGGAUGUCGCCCCCUGGCGGCCCACGGAUGGGGCCCCAGCAGCAACCGCCAGUGCAGCCGGCAGCGUGUCCUCCCGAGGGUCCCGCAGGGCACAGCUGAAGCGAAGCAAGAGCGCCCAUGUAAACAUAGCUGAGAUGGCCUACCAGCCGGGGGCGGGCGCGGGCGCUGCGGCGUCCAGCAUAGCCCGGCGUGGCCUGCAGCGCUCCCGCAGCUUUGGCCGCCUCGGCAGCAGCACCAGCGCGUUUGGCUACCAGGCAACGGAGACUCCAAGCGACGCGCUCGCGGUGAUCCGCGCCGCCGGCUACCCUCACGAGCUGCACACCGUCACGACGGAGGACGGCUACGUGCUGAGGCUGGAGCGCAUUCCGCGUCCAGGCGCACGCGACGUGGUGUUCUUCAUGCAUGGCGUGCUGGACACCUCCAUAGCCUGGGUCAGCGGCGGAGUAACGGGCAGCCAGGCGUUUGCAGCGUGGGAGGCGGGGAUGGAUGUGUGGCUUGGCAACAGCCGGGGCAAUGCGCCAAGGCAGCACCAAGACCCGGCGCGUCGCGGGCGGCGGUACUGGCAGUACAACAUCAACCACAUGGGCAUGUACGACAUCGGCGCGCAGCUGGACCACAUCCACAACGUCAAGUGCGCAGAGCUGGGCGCAGGCAACGUCACGUUAGACCUGGACCACCUAGGCCCGCUGGCAGGCAGCUUCUUCGGGGGCGGUGCGGCCGGAGAGGCGAGUCGGCUGCUGCCGGGGCGAGCCAUCAGCACCGGAGCUGGUCGGCACGAGGAGACGGCGUUGCGGGGACUGGCUGCAGGGGCACGAAGCUCAGUCAGGAUCCGGCACUCCAACAGCGACGGCAACCUCUACCGCUGGGGCAGCGCCCACAGCGCCGCCAGCAGCAGCGACGCCAGCGCGGCUGCGGGGCCGCUCCGAGGGGCUGCGGCCGCCUCUCGACCCUCCCCAGCUGCACCAUCCGCAACCAUGGACGACGACCAUGUCGGUUCCGGUCCUGACGCCACUGUAUCCGAGGGCAGCAGCAACGGGGUCGCCGUAGCGUCCGAUGACGCUGCUGCUGCUCCUGUCCUGUCGGCGCCGCAACGCCCCCAUCGUACGCCUGAUCCAGCUUUCCCUUCUGCUCCCUCUGCUGGUCUUAGCGCUGCCAGUCUGAGCCACGCACCCAGCAGUCACGGCCCGCUGUCCCCCAUGCACAGCUGCGAUGGCAGUCUGCAGGAUGGCGGCGCUGGCAGUGGUAGCGAAGGUGGGUCGAGGGAAAAGCAGCUGGCAGGCGAUGCGUGCCCGGACAGCGCUGGAGUGGAGCAUGCGAGGCAGCAGCAGCAGCACGCGGGGGCCUGCAGGCGUCCGUCUGCCACCACCAUCCCCACCCUUCCCUCCCCCUCCGCAGCAGCUGCUUCCUCUGCUGCCGCAUCAUCUUCCCCUUCUACCUCCUCUCCUCGCAGCCUCACACGCUCAUCAGCGCCCCUGCCGGCCAUGCACCGCAACGCAGUAACCCUCACGGUUGCAUCACCUCUGCGAGGAGCGGCAGGUGGGGCCUUUCUGGACGCCGCGGCCUUAGUGGACCUGGAAGGGCAUCGGCCUAGGGCUGGGACCAUGACACCUGAGGCUUCCGGCGGCACCGCUGGUAUGACCACCUUUACCUUGGAAGCCAAGACUCGCGCGGACUUUGGCACCCACAGUGCAGCUGCUGCACACGGCGGCGGUAGCGGCGCUGCUGUUGCGUCUGGCGGCGGCACGGAAGGUGGCGGUCGUCGGAUGAGUGGCAGCGGCGUCAGCGCCGCUGCCUCUGUUCUGGACGCGGUGGGGUCGGUGUUGGGCCCGGCGGCAGAUGCGGUCACGCUGGCUGUGGCCUCUGCUGCCGCUACUGCUGGCGCUGCCAUUGCCACUGCUGCUGCUUCCGCAACCCAGCUGCUACAGCCGCUGCAGCAGGCUGCGUCGCAACGCUUUGAGUCAGCGCCGGAUGCCGGGACAGCACCCUCUGAUAGCACGCCCUUUGCGACUGUGUCCGCUCAGGGUGCUGACGCCGCUGAUGUUGAGCGUCAGGAUGCCUCAGGACCCGCCGCUUUGGGCCAACAGCCCCGUAAGUCUAGCUCUGACCUCCCCUGGCUCGACGGCAUGCAUGCGGGGUCCCAGCAGCCGCGUGCGUACCCCGCUGGGCCGGUGCCGCAUCCGCAGCCCGCCACGGCUUCACCUCCCUUCUCACCGUCCGCCUCCUCUGGUGUUCCUCUUUCCAGCGACGUAGCAGCAACGCAGGAGCCGGUUCCAGCAGCCGCAUCCGUCACCCGCCAGGCAACGUUACCAGUCCCUCCCCUGGGCUUCUUGCAUCCCGUCGCCCCUGCCUCAGCCGGCUCCUCCUUCCGCCGCGCCUGCAGCACAAAUUACCUGCCUAGUACCUCUGGCGCUUAUGGCUACGGCACCACAAGUCUUGCUGCUGCUUCCGCAGCCCAGCUGGGCCUGCCGCCCGCUUCCAUGCUGCUCACCUCACCGGAGCGAGCUGGCAGCGGCUUCUCAACAACCGGCUCGCAAUCCUCAGCCAGCGACACCGCAGCAGCAGCACCCACAACAACAUCAGGGUCAACAGCUCAUGCCGCCAAUGGACCAUGGUUCCAUGCCGGCGGUGCUUCUCCCUAUGGCGGAAGCUUAGACCACGUGCGCUGCCACCACCACCACCCAGCAGGUGCUCAUGGUCAUGCCCAUGCCCAUGGCGACCCGAUGGCCGCAGCUGCGUUGCCGCCGCUUCCGCCCCCGCCUCCGUACAAGCUGCGUGCCGUGGCUCACAGCCUGGGCGGCAUGUCCAUGCUGAUCCACCUGGUCAACCGACUGAGGGAGGGCCGGCCGCACAACGUGAGCCGGCUGCUGCUGCUCACGCCGGCCGGCUUCCACAAACACUGCCCCAAGGCCUCCAAGCCAGUCAUGUGGACUCUGCCGAUCAUCACCCGCGUCGUUCGCGCCUUCUUUGGCCGCACCUUCUGCUUCCCGCUCUACAUCCCCACCUUCCUGGGCCGCGCGCUUACCUUCAAGAUGCUGCUGUCAGCCAGCCGCAUUCCCGGGCUAGGAGAGCUGCUGCGGGUGGUGUUCAAGGCGCUGCUGGACGGCGACAUCAGCCAGUGGGACCGGGCCAUGCAGAUGCCGCACUACAGCGCCGAAGACAUGCCGGCCAUCUCAGUAGACCAGGUGCUGCACCUCAUCCAGCUGGUCAACAGCGACUCAUUCCGACUGUACGACUACGGCUCUCCGGCCGCCAACACCGCGCACUACGGCAGCCCCGCACCGCCCGACGUGGCGUCCGAGUACUGGCGUCUCGACCUGCCGGUACACCUGGUGGCGGGGCGCAGGGACGGCAUCAUACCGGCGCCCAACAUACGCAGGCACCUGGAUGCCAUGCGGGCGCAGGGUGUAGCGGUGAGCUACCGUGAGUUCGACUUCGGGCACCUGGACUUUACCUUUGGAGUCAAGGAGGAGCUGCGGAUGUACCUCAUGCGGGUGCUCAGGAUGUGAGGGGGGGGAGACUGUGGGGGGAGGGUGUGGACACGCAGCGGAUUGGCGUAACAGAAGCACCCAUACGCCAGCACGUGACAGUACCCCAGUCUACGUGGAUACCGCAUCAGGAAGCCGCCGUCAGAUGAUCGCAGCCUGAUGUGGGUCAACAGGGUGUGUGGAUGUGGCUUAUGUUGAUGUGUACAUGUGGCAUCAUGACUUCAUGAGGUGUCUGCUGCGUUCCCAGCUACAGGGCAGAACCGAAUCGUCCGGCAGGAGGUGCAAGGCGCGCCGAGAGGGGUGCUUGCUCGCUUGCUUUCCUUUCGUAAGUUUCGGCAGUGGGGCAGUGCUUGGGAGGAAGGUCUCUGAGAAGAAGGAGCGGAACGCGAAUGGGAUCGUAGCGGAGCGUAGGAAGCGGAUUGUGUAUGGCCUGGUGGCUGCUGAGGAGAGGUCGGAUGGGUGUUAGUCACAUGUUGGGUUGGGUUGGAGUUGAUGUGGUGUAUCUUGAAGAGUUGUACAUCUAGCAGUUAAAAUUGUCAUGUGCGAGAGUUAACAAGCCUUAUGACAAUGACCGAGCAUUGCUUUAGGAGACGGAGGCCUUCCUGCCUGACAGAGCGGUCAAACACACUGCAACACUGCUGAAACAGAUACGCGAGAGGUUGUGUGACGAAUGUAUAGCUUUUAUUCGACACAACCCAAAUUUCCAAGUGUUGUUCGCGUGUUUGAGUGUUUUGAUUGGAGCUUGGAUCCAGGUGUGAAUGACUUGCCUGGGCCAGCUGGCGACUGUACGGCACACACGCCUGGGAGGCUGUUGCAUGGUUGGUUCGUUAUGUGCUUAUGUCACGGCCUCGAAUGCGAGGAAGGGCACUUGCUCUUGACACUUCCCGUAGACCACAAUUUAUACUGUGCUUGCCGCGAGAACGGGCGCCGCAUCCAUUAUGCCGUCCCUCGCUAAAGCGCCUGCUGAUAUAUCUCAGGUGCUUCAUACUGGCAACGACUGGUAGGGGAGGGGAAGGGCGGGUGCUUCUUCAUGGCGCAAGCCGGGCGGCCUACUUUGGCCUGAUUGUCGCUUUGCUUUCUUUCCUUUCCUUAUUAGCGCUGGUUUAGGUCUUCAUCUCAUGGUUUCUGCGGGCAUGCUGCUAUCUUGCUGAAGCGGCAGCCCUACAGAAACCCGCUGCGUUGCGACCGCCAGGGCUUGUAGGUGGGUGUUUUCCUUUGUUUCAUGUGAUGGUACCGUCAUUGGUCCCAACGGUAGAAGCUGAUGUCAUCAUGUGUUUGGUCGUGGUCGUGCCGAGUGUACAAUAGGGUGCUGCUGUAGCCGUACAAUAGGGUGCUGCUGUGUUUUGGGGUAGUGAGAAGUUCCGGGCCUCAGGAGCGCGUUGCAGCGGUUUUGUAGGAUGGAGCCACAACAUAACAGUGAAUGGGUUGGGGGUAGACACGAAGCUUGACAUCUAGAUGAUGCAUGUUGACGUGUGACAUUUUGCGUGCAAAUGCGUGCACAUAAAAGGCAGUCGAUACCCAGGGAACUUAAAAGCAGGGGCGCCGUUUUGCCCGAGUGCGACGUAACGGGAUGGCUAUGGUUGCUUAAUACGGUGACGAUAGAAGGUAGCGUUACAAGGGUUUUGAGUUACCGGUAACCUGUGCUGUAAUUCGACGUAUUCGAAUUUUCCGAAGAAGAGGCGGCGCAACAUUUUGGAUGAAGCGUGGUUGAUUCGCAUCGGGGGAAUUCAGAAGGAUGGUAUCUAUCUGGAAGGUGUUAUGGUAGGGCAUGGAGGGGGAAAUGCUGUGCGGUGAAUUGCAUGUUACCCGGUGUCCUUGGGUGCGCGUGUGGGAGCAUUGAUUCUGGCUGUAAUGGGAGUAGGCUUCACCCCCCA